UCUGUUAGAUGCCGUAGUAUGCGUUGUUAAAAGUUAAGAACUCUAGAAUAAGAGCUGAUUAACCAAAUUUAGAUCUACAGGGAGUACUUAGGGUCACAUCAAUUUGAGUAAUGUGUAUAAAAUGUUGCUUGAUCACACACGCAUCUUUCUCAUGUAAGAUAGAUGCUAUUGACUUGCCGAUCUAUCUUUUGUUUUGGGCUCUUGCAUUGGGCAUAUUUGUCGGUCAGUUCGUGUUCGGAACGCCCGGAAAAAGAACACUUCAUCUGCAGGUCCAACUGCAACAUCUGCUUAGAACUACGACAAAUCAAACAAAACUUUUGGAUUUGUCUACUGUUUAACCUGUAAUGCCGUGUAUGAUGAGCACUCACAAGUAACACACCUAAAUGAAGUCACUUAAGUUUUGAUUCUUAAUUUUGAGGAGAUUUGUAAAGUCAAACAGUGUUGAUACUUCUCUAAGCAAUAUUCUUUUUCUGUUUCUCUUGCUAGUGCAUAGAAGUGUUAAGAUAGAGGAGUUAUCUUUUACUAGAUCGAUUUUUUGGGUAAUACGGUAGCAUCAGUGUUCCAAGGUUCUCGAGUUCAAUUUCUCUGAGGCUUGGUGUAUUUAACACUCACCAUAAUACAUUUUGAAUCGUUUCUCACUAGAUCGAUCUUUGGAUGACAAAAAAAUAAUUAAUACCAGUUGCAUCUAGGUUGACUUAUUUUGUGCCCAUCCAAAAUCCCUUCCAGGGAGCAAGAAUACACUUUCUUGUUCAAACUUUACUGCGCUUGCAACACAACAAAGCCAAAACUGCACCAGAUAUAGCUUCCUCCCUCUUGUCCUACUCCAAAGUCCAAACCUACUGCUAUUUUUGGAGCUUUCCAUGAACAAUAAAUACCCAGUUUCUAGAUGUUAGCAUGCAGAGUUAUCCUCUUCCUGGCCUGGACUUUACACGGCUCUAUUUCCUGUAUAAAUUUGUCCCCUUGUUCUCUCCUUCACGGUGCCUCAACCAACAUGGAUGUCCAUGUACUGAGUUCCCGCGUUUUACGCCCCGGCGAUCCGAAUUCCGCACCCUCGAAAGCGCCCCUCACCGUCUUCGACCGCUUCGCCUCCAACAUCUACAUCGCCGUCCUCUUCGCCUUCUCCCCUCCGACCCCGCCCAAUGACGCACUUAUCGCCGGGUUAUCCAAAACCUUGCUGCUCUUCCCUACCCUCGCAGGCCGGCUCGACGACAGCCGCCGUCUCCGCCGCCCAUGCCUUAUUGUCGGCGGCUGUGGUGGCGGUGCGCUGGUGGUGGAGGCCGCGGCGUCCUCAAACUUAUCGGACCAUUUGCCCCUCGAGGUGUCGCCGGAUUUUCAGCUACUGCACCCUUCCCCCGCCAGCGCUGUCCAUGUGUUUCAGGUCCAGCUCAACCGGUUCGCUUGCGGCGGGCUGAUAAUCGGCGCCACCGCACACCACAGGGUCGCCGACGGCCAGUCGAUGAGCAUCUUUUUCACCGCGUGGGCACAAACCGUGCGUGGGGCAUUCGUCGACCGUCCGCCCGUCUAUGACCAGUCCUGGCUCAAGCCACGCUGCCCGCCGCAUUGCGAGUUCAACCACUGGGGUCUCGAGUUCACGCCACUGAACAGUUCCUCGGUAAACCAAAUCGACGUCGACCCAAGUGAAAUAACCAACAUGUUGAUCCGAUACUCUGCCGAUUUCAUUCAAAAGCUGCGUCGAAAGGCCGAAGGAAAGUACACCACAUUCGAGACUCUGAUCGGCCACCUAUGGCGGAAGAUAACGGUCGCCCGUCGGCUCGAAGAUCGAGUGCAAACUAUGGUCAGGGUUUCCGUAAACGGUAGAACAAGACUAAAACCUCCGGUACCGAACGAGUUCUUCGGCAACUUGGUCCUCAAUGCGUACCCGCAAGCAACCGCAAAGGACCUCAUUGACGAAGGCCUACCGGGUGCGGCGAUGAUGAUCCACGAAGCAAUACGUAGAGUCGAUGAUCGGUACAUCCAAUCGUUCAUCGACUUCGGGGAGCUGUACGGGGACGAGGAACUCGUGCCGGUGUACGACGUUGACGGGAACGUGCUGUCGCCGAUGCUCGAAGUUGAUAGCUGGCUCAGGUUUCGAUUCGAAGACGUCGACUUCGGCGGCGGAGGCGCGCUGCGCGCGUUUUUGCCGACGUGGGUGCCGUUUGAAGGGCUGGUGAUGGUUCUACCUGGGUUUGGUGAGGAUGGGGGGAUAGAUGUGUUUGUUACCUUACUGGAGGAGCAUGCUAAGAUGUUGAGGCAAAUUUCUCACUCCUUAGAUUAGGUUAGAUUUGCUUGGUUCUUCAAUAUUUAGGUGCAAAAUAACACUAUGAAUAAUUCAAAUAAUGAAGGAAAAAUAAUAGUUUCGAAGCUUUUGUAGUACAUGAUCAAGCUAAUAGAUAAA